CAGUUGGUAAGAAAAAGUGUAAUUGUUACGUUGCAGCAGUGAAAUUGUACCAAAAUUCGAUUCCCUUCCCAAAUCGCUGCACAUUCGAGUGUUAGGUCUCGCAAGCAUAUAACCCACUCCGAUCUCCGGUCUCCGCAGCGCAACUCAGACCAAGGCUAAUCCGAAACCAUGUCCGACGACUUCGAUGGCUGCGAGUGCGUCUGGUCGCAGGAGUACGCGAUGCAGCGCAUUAUCAACUUCAUACGACAGAACCAGGAUGCCUGCACGGACACCGAGUGCUUGGAUGUCGUCGGACGCACCUCGCAGCAGGCGCAGGUCGCCGGACGCGGCGAUGACAGCGGCUUCUCCGUCGCCAUGAUCUUCCUGAUCGUGGCCAUGUUCAUGUACAUAGUGAACCCGAGUACCUGGGGCAACUUCACCAGCAACAAGCGAGCUGGCGGCCGACGCGACAAUAACCAGGACGGCUCGCCGCCACAGCCUCCUCCGCCGGCCAUCAACUAGGUGACUCCGAGGACCCCUGCUUCUACGAAAACCUGAGCAUCCACAACACAAUUUGCAAACAGCAUUUCCUUGUUUUGUUAUUUCUCCCGCUAUUGGGAAUGAAACCACGGAUAGAGCCAGAUCAAUCGACUUGGUGCCAUCCGUUCGCACGUUUACACAGAUUAGGCCAAUUAUACAUCCCUUACAUUGUACAAAACACUUAACCGCGCACUCUGAAACACACCGGCUUAUCAACUAACAUAUUUGGACACUUUUUAAAAGACUUUGGAAAACGAA